AUGCUCGACCGUCCCGCAGCAAACAACUUCCACAAGACGGCGAUGCAGAACAAGGUCAACUACGUCAAGAACGAAGUGCUCUCGCGGCCGGCGACGGCGACGUUCGAGGACAUGACGCGCGACCUCGGCUUUGAGCGGCGCAAGAGCGAGCGCCAGCGCACCAUGGCCAGCUGCAUGGACCUCGACGUGCGCCUCCGCCUCGUCGUCGCCGAAGCCCGCGACAAGGACGGGCCCAUCAUGGUCGCACACGUCUUCCGCUCGUCGCACACGCCGACCGACCGCAACUACCGUCAAGCGGGCCGCGCCGCGCUCGCCGGCGACUUUCUCAUCCACGGGUAG